UCCCACCCCACCUCGCCGAGCCUCGAUCUGGCCGGAUCUUGCCAAUGCACACAUGGAUCCGGCCUAACCAUCCUGCAGCUGUGGUGGCGGGCCACCAGGACGGCGUCGGGAACCACCAACCCAUCUUGAGACCUCAACAACGGCGGGUUCCAAGAACCGAUGCUGCAGCAACCGCGCGCGUCACAAGGAGGGUGGGUGUGGUUGCUACCGGAGUAGUGAAUGCUGCGCUUGGCGCUGGACCAGCAGUGGCUGGGUGGGCCGCGACGCUUGAUUGGGUCGUUUCCAACUGCCCCGUCAUCGAUGGCGACGAGAUGGUGCGCCGACCAACAUGGCCAUUCACGUGCAAGGACCCCAUGAAUCUCGUGUACGCGACCAAGGUGCCAGCGUUGAUGACAUAAUUUAUCAAUGGUGGGUUCAGUAGUAACUCAAAUCUGUUGCUGUGAAUGUGCCAGCUUGUGAUGGAAUUUAUCAUUGGUGGGUCUAGUAGUAACUCAAAUCUGCUGCUAUGUUA